CGCGGCCUGUGGAGCCGAGCUUUGUGUGCGUGGGGAGGAGGGGGAGGGAGCGGGAGAGCGAGCGGGGCCGGCCCGAGACCGGGACACAGCGAGACCCAGCGCCUCCCCCCCGCCGCCCCCCCCCGGCGCCUCUCUCUGGGCUCCCCGCGGCGCUGCGGCUCCCCCACCGCCCGGGGCACGGGCGGCUCUCGGGGCGGCGCCCGUGGAACUGGGACCCGGUGGCGCGGAAAUCGAGGCCGGGGAUCCAGCGCGGCCUGCUGCGGGGUCCUGUUUCUCCCCCCGCUCCGAGCCCGGCCCGGCCCCCCCCGGCCCCCGCUCUUUGUGUCUCUGCUGGGCUCGGUCGGACACGCCGGGGGGAGUUAGAAUGGAACAGACUGACGGCCCUAUGAGAGAAAGGGAAAGCUAAGGAUGCUGGAGCAGAACAAUGGAUUUCUCUUUCUCUUUCAUGCAAGGGAUCAUGGGAAACACAAUUCAGCAACCACCUCAGCUCAUUGACUCAGCCAACAUCCGCCAGGAGGAUGCCUUUGAUGCCAGCAGUGACAUCGCUGAAGAUGGUGGUCAGACACCAUAUGAAACUGCCCUGCAACAAGGCUUUCAGUACCCUACUCCAACGACAGAGGAUCUUCCACCGAUCACUAAUGGCUAUCCACCUACAAUCAAUAUGUAUGAACCUCAAGCCAAAUACCAGACAUACAGUCAGUAUCCCAAUGGUUCAGCUAAUGGCUUUGGUGCAGUUAGAAACUUUAGUCCCCCAGAGUAUUACCAAAUGGAAAACUCUAACGUGAGGCCGCAUGAAGUUCUGGAAAAACCUUCCCUUCCACAACCCCCACCGCCACCACCUCCUUCAGUACCACAAACGGUGAUUCCAAAGAAGACUGGUUCACCAGAAAUCAAAUUAAAGAUAACCAAAACUAUCCAGAAUGGCAGGGAGUUGUUUGAGUCCUCUCUGUGUGGGGACCUUUUGAAUGAAGUACAGGCAAGUGAGUAUGCUAAGAUGAAACAUGAAGGGAGAAAGGAGAAAAGGAAAAAAAGUAGCAAGCAUGACUCUUCCCGAUCAGAAGAACGCAAGUCACACAAAAUUCCAAAACUAGAACCAGAGGAACAAAAUAGACCAAAUGAGAGGCUUAGUGUGCUAUCAGAAAGACCAAGAGAAGACAUACUGUUGGAGGAAACCCCGGUCCAGCAGUUCUCACCUUCUCUUCCAACGCAAGUUACAACUGCCGUCAAAUUUCAGGUUGGCGAUCUAGUCUGGUCCAAGGUGGGAACUUAUCCUUGGUGGCCUUGCAUGGUUUCAAGUGAUCCACAGCUUGAGGUUCAUACCAAAAUUAAUACAAGAGGUGCACGUGAAUACCACGUUCAGUUUUUUAGCAACCAGCCUGAGAGGGCAUGGGUGCAUGAGAAGCGGGUUCGAGAGUAUAAAGGACAUAAACAGUAUGAACAAUUAUUGGCAGAGGCUACUAAGCAAGCCAGCAACCACUCUGAGAAACAGAAGAUUCGUAAGCCAAGGCCACAAAGAGAGCGUGCUCAGUGGGAUAUUGGUAUUGCCCAUGCUGAAAAAGCAUUGAAAAUGACUCGGGAAGAAAGGAUAGAACAGUAUACCUUCAUUUAUGUAGACAAGGAGCCAGAGGAGGCUUUGUCCAAAGCCAAAAAGACUGCUGCCCCUAAAUCAGAGGCUAAAAAGAAUCGUCGGCCUAAACCAGCAUUGAACGCUCAGCCAGAACAGACCAAUGCAGUAUCCGCAUCCCCCUCAUUAUCAAAUACUGAGGUGCGAAGGCAAAGUCAAAGGAGGCAGUCAAGUGUGGAAGAAGAGGAGCCACCACCUGUGAAAAUAGCAUGGAAAACAGCUGCAGCCAGAAAAUCCUUACCAGCUUCAAUAACCAUGCAUAAAGGGAGUUUGGAUCUUCAAAAAUGUAACAUGUCUCCAGUUGUUAAAAUUGAACAAGUUUUUGCCCUACAGAAUGCUGCUGGAGAUGGAAAAUUCAUCGAUCAGUUUGUUUACUCUACCAAGGGAGUUGGUAACAAAACUGAAAUAAGUGUCAAGGGACAAGACAAGCUUAUUUCUACAUCAAACCAGAAAAAUGAGAGAGCCACUGCACAAAAUGCAUCCUCACUCGAAACUACUUCUGGGUCAACAGGUUCUGUAGAAAAGAAGCAACAGAGAAGAUCGAUUCGAACCCGCUCAGAGUCUGAGAAAUCCACUGAAGUUGUGCCAAAGAAGAAGAUCAAAAAGGAGCAGGUAGAAAUGGUUCCACAGACAGCAGUGAAGACUGGAUUACAGAAAGGUGCCAGCGAGAUUUCAGAUUCUUGUAAACCUCUAAAGAAAAGGAGUCGUGCCUCAACUGAUGUAGAACUGACUAGUUCAGCAUACAGAGACACAUCUGACUCUGAUUCAAGAGGACUUAAUGAUCUGCAGGGUAGCUUUGGAAAGCAUUCAGACAGCCCAUCAGCCACUGCAGAUGCUGAUGCUUCUGAUGUACAAUCAGUAGACUCUAGCUUAUCAAGAAGAGGCACUGGAACAAAUAAGAAGGAUACUGUUUGUCAGAUCUGUGAAAGCUCUGGUGAGUCUCUGGUGUCAUGCGAAGCAGAGUGCUGUAGAGUCUUCCAUAUGGAAUGCCUGGGACUGAAAUCAAUACCUGAUGGGAAGUUCAUCUGCGUGGAGUGUAAAAAUGGACAGCACACAUGCUUUUCCUGCAAGCUUCCUGGUAAAGAUGUGAAGCGCUGUUCAGUCAAUGCUUGUGGUAAAUUUUAUCAUGAAGCCUGUGUUCGUAAGUUUGCCACUGCUGUCUUUGAGUCACGAGGAUUCCGUUGCCCGCAGCAUUGCUGUACUGCCUGCUCAAUGGAUAAGGAUAUCCACAAAGCAAGUAAAGGACGCAUGGUGAGGUGUUUGAGAUGUCCGGUUGCCUAUCACUCAGGAGAUGGCUGUAUUGCUGCAGGAAGCUUGUUUGUGUCAUCUCACAUUCUCAUCUGUAGCAACCAUUCCAAAAGGAAUCUCUCUUCAUCAGCUGUAAAUGUAGGCUUUUGUUUCGUUUGUGCAAGAGGGCUGGUAGUGCAGGAUCAUUCAGACCCCCUGUUCAGUUCAUAUGCCUAUAAGUCCCACUACCUACUGAAUGAAUCAAAUCGUGCUGAGUUGAUGAAAUUACCUAUGAUUCCUCCUCCUUCGUCAGCUUCCAAAAAGAAAUGUGAGAAAGGUGGGAAGUUAUUGUGCUGCGAGUCCUGUCCAGCUUCCUUCCACCCUGAAUGUCUCAACAUGGAGAUGCCAGAAGGAUGUUGGAAUUGCAAUGACUGUAAAGCUGGCAAGAAACUACGUUACAAGCAGAUCGUUUGGGUCAAGCUUGGAAAUUACAGGUGGUGGCCAGCUGAGAUCUGCAAUCCCAGGUCGGUGCCUCUCAACAUACAGGGCCUCAAACAUGAUAUCGGGGACUUCCCAGUAUUUUUCUUCGGUUCACAUGACUACUAUUGGGUACACCAGGGCAGAGUUUUCCCUUAUGUUGAAGGAGAUAAAAGCUUUGCUGAGGGGCAAACUAGUAUUAACAAGACCUUCAAGAAAGCACUUGAAGAAGCUGCAAAACGCUUCCAGGAACUGAAAGCACAAAGAGAAAGCAAAGAAGCACUAGAGAUUGAAAGGAAUUCAAGAAAACCCCCACCUUACAAACAUAUUAAAUCCAACAAGGUAAUAGGGAAAGUUCAGAUUCAAGUUGCUGAUUUGUCAGAAAUCCCUCGCUGUAAUUGCAAGCCAUCUGAUGAGAACCCCUGUGGCCUAGAGUCAGAGUGUCUGAACAGGAUGCUACAGUAUGAGUGUCAUCCCCAAGUGUGCCCAGCGGGAGAGCGCUGUCAGAACCAGCGCUUCACCAAAAGACUCUAUCCAGAUGCUGAAAUCAUAAAAACCGAUCGACGUGGCUGGGGGCUCAGGACAAAAAGGAACAUUAAAAAGGGUGAAUUUGUAAACGAAUAUGUUGGUGAAUUAAUUGAUGAAGAAGAAUGCCGAUUGCGGAUCAAACGUGCCCAUGAGAACAGCAUAACCAAUUUUUAUAUGUUAACUGUUACAAAGGACCGGAUAAUAGAUGCUGGUCCGAAAGGGAAUUAUUCUCGUUUUAUGAACCACAGUUGUAAUCCGAACUGUGAAACGCAGAAAUGGACGGUGAACGGGGAUGUUAGAGUUGGCCUCUUCGCUCUCUGUGAUAUUCCUGCAGGGAUGGAGUUGACAUUUAAUUAUAAUUUGGACUGUCUGGGCAAUGGUAGGACUGAAUGCCAUUGUGGAGCAGAAAACUGCAGUGGCUUCCUAGGAGUACGGCCGAAGACGGCGUUUGCAACAGCGAAUGAAGAGAAGGCAAAGAAUGCCAAGCUAAAGCAGAAGAAACGAAAAAUAAAAACAGAGCAGAAGCAGAUGCAUGAGGACAACUGUUUCCAGUGUGGAGAUGGAGGAGAACUAGUCAUGUGUGACAAAAAGGACUGCCCCAAAGCAUACCACCUCCUAUGCCUUAACCUGACUCAACCACCGUUUGGAAAGUGGGAAUGUCCAUGGCACCAGUGUGACAUCUGUAGCAAUCCUGCAAUUUCAUUCUGCGAGUUUUGCCCUCGUUCGUUCUGUAAAGAUCAUGAGAAGGGAGCCUUAGUGGCAUCAGCAUUGGAUGGCCGUCUCUGCUGCUCUGAACAUAACCCCAAAUCUCCUGUGGCACCAGAGUAUUGGAGCAAGAUAAAAUGCAAAUUGCAACCACAGAACCCUGGAGAAGAAGCAAAGGAAUAAAGUUGUUAAAAAAAACAAACAACAAAUGGCAAAUAGAUGAUGAACUUGAAGAGACUGCUAUGACACAUUCAGUCUUCAUCAUCAGCGCUGCCUUCUUGGAACUGGGAAAGGGACCAUCUAAUCUUGGCAAGCAGAAGCAGUCAGUGGUGUCCGUUUUUUUUUUUUUUUUUGGGGGGGGGGGGGGGGGGGGGGUGUUUCUGUUCUUGUUCUUUUCUUACCUUACCUUACCCUUGAAUGUGCUUCAGCAGCCCUUACUGUUGGAAAACGGAAAUGUCUUAGCUUUCUUAAGGGGAGAAAAAAAAAAAAUCAAAAAAAGCAAACCUUUUGACGUUGAAAAGAAUAUUGUGUUAAAAUAUGUUCUUUGAGUGUAGAAAGGAAAACAUAACAUAUUUAUUUAUUUAAUUUUAAAGGAUGUUGAGGAUUCUGAUCCUGAUCAGUCAGCGUGUCUAAAAAAAAUAAUUGAGUAGCAAAACCAAUCAGUGUAUGUCUAGUUAUUAAAAAAGGGAGAGUACCAACCCUCUGCAAUCUACAAACAGCUUUCACGUAACACCAGGAGGAGUGAUGUGGGUUUCAGAGCAGUGGACAGUGAAAUGCCUUCAUUCCAGCUGCAUUCAUCUUUAAAGGUCUUUUGAGAAGAUGGAUUUCAUCUCAUCAUGCUUAAUUUAUUAUGAAUAAAUGUUGUAAAGAUUUUCACAUAGGAAAUUAGGAGUAUUAUCCACAUUUCUUUUUUUUUUCUUGAAGUGCUUUUUAUUUCACUAGAUACUUUUAAUAAAAAAGGGGAGGGGAAGGAAUUAUGGUCCCUCAUUGUUAAAAUGAGCGGUGUUAGCUGACAAAGGAAGCAUAGAAAGAGCUUAACUGUGCAAUGGUCACUUUUCUGCCUCGCUUCGUUUGGAGGGCAGUUUGGGUGGAGAGGAUUCAUGGACAGCUUAUGGACAUUGCACUACAUUCUUCAUAGCAAAAGCCCUGAUCCUGCUUUUGUUGGAGUCAUUGCGAGCUUUGUCAUUGACUUCAGUGGGUGCAGAAUUGAGCUGUUUUCUAUGUAUUUAUCAGAUGUCUAGUCUGUGCUUGUUUCAUGGUGAUUCUCUUAGAGCCUGAUCUUUUGGUACCUUCCUCCCAAACUCCUAUUGGUUUCAAAGGGAGUUCUUGAGUGUUAAAGGAAUAGGGGAUCGACCCCAUGUGUGUAUUAUGUGUUUUUAAAAGAGUUUUGGGGAGCAGGGGUGUUUAGAUUUGCGGGGGUGGGGAUAUAUCUCACAAUUGAAUUUAUCUUCAUUGGUUUUUAUCCAAUAGUGAAAAAUCAGUUCUUAAAAGCACUUCCUGAAUUAACAGGGUAUAUAUUGGGCCUACACUAAGGCACUCAGUCUUACAAAGUACUGUGUAUAUCCCAGUAUAGUUAGCAUAGUCAACUGUAAUCCUUUAAUUUGUAGGCAAUGGCUGGUGUACUGAUAUUACCAGCUAACUUUACACUAACUUUCUGCCACUGGGUGUUCUGGAGCACCCCCACAUGGAAGGAAUUAAUACAAGGCAUGGCUGGCACAUGGCAGAGAGAAUUUUUUUAUUAAUUCUGAAGAACAUUCAACAUUGUCUCUGGGAAAAUGUCUGCAUAGACCUGCAGGUACAUGGUGGCAUCUCAGGUCCAGAAAGUGAUUAAUAAAGGGGUGGAAAAUAAAACUAUAGGGCUUUGGAAUAUGGCUCACCUUUGUACCAGGUUUCCAUUUGCAUUCUCAAAUUAUUUCUAAUCCAGUGAGAGUGGAGGUCAAAUUUGUACUUUUUUUCUUUUUUGUGCAAUUGCAAAAUUAACAAAAUACACUACAGCCUUUGAAGCACCUGAAAUGCCACUUCACUGACCUGGAAGCUAUUCCUCUUGGAACAAUUUACAGAUCCCUUUCCAGUAAACUCAGUUUGUGUGGGUUUUUUUGUUUUGUUACCUAGUGUAGAUCUCUUAUGUGAUCUUUGAGUUAGUUUAUGGUUUAGAGUGCUAAUGGAAAAUGCAGAUUACUUGCCCUGUUGUGGCCAAUACUGAAGUGAAUGUCUAAAACACUAAUCUUGCUUGUAAGCAGUGCUAUAUUUUGGUAUUUUUUACAAAAAAAAAAAAAAAGAGAGAAAAAAUUUAAACAAAAUAGGAUUUUAUUUUUCUUAGCUUUUUUGUUUGUGAUAAAAAAAAAAAAAAAGCUCUUAAUGGAGGGGGUUUUCACCCUUUUCUAAAAUUCCAAACACAGCUCUUUCCUUGGUAGUGUCCCUAAGACCUGGUCUGUUUACAUUGUAUAAUAGAAUGUUAGGUUUUCUGUUGUUCAGAUGAUUUUUGGAUAUAGUAAGCCAGAAAGUGCUGAACUUUGCAAAUACUGUAUGAUGAAGUGUUCCCAUGUGCUUUCUUCUAUAGUAUGUCAACACUGUCUUGUCAUUGAUUGGGGAGGAAUGGCAAUGUCAAAAUGCCUUAAGCAUUUGAGAUGUCAAUGAGCUGACAGCUGUUUCAAAAUAUUAAUUGCCAUGUGAAAUGAUCAAAAUAUAUUCUGACAUAUCAGCAUAUUGGGCAUAACGAAGUAUGUCAAGGUACUCUGAAAGUUUAGCAAAUCAUAUAAUGCUGUGAGGGUCAUGGAGUUUAGCAAAUCAUAUAAUGCUGUGAGGGUCAUGGAGUCAGUUGUCACUCCAUGUCACUAUAUCUUUAGUUUCAAAGUUCUUGCUGGUUGUCCUCUCUUGUUUAAUCCUUUACAUAAGAAAACUGUAACUGAAAGCAGCCAACAGCUGGGCUGAGACCUGGGUGGUGUGAGGACAAGGAUAGCUUUUAAAUGUGUAUAAUUAUGAGUAUAAAACUUGAAUUGGUUUUCUACCUGCUGGACAGAGGGAGAAUAUCCAAAGCAUCAGGAAGCUUUUUAGUGAAAUAAGAGAACAUCGGGUUGAAAUAAAUUGGUGAUAACUGGGGAUUCUCUUUAUUUAGAUGAUGAUUUUGUAUGCAGAACACAGAAUAUGCUGAAAACAAAUUUUAACCAUGUUUUUGUAACAUUAUUUAAAGUGAAUGGAAGAAUAACUUAACUUUUGUAGUAAAGCAGAAAUUUGUUGCUAUAAAUUUGUUACCGUAAAUAUUGACAUUUUGAUUUAUCAGUAUUUCUGUGUAUUUUGGGCUGUUGAAUUCAACUUUCAGUGUCUCUAAAUUGAACUCUAGGAAAAAUGCUAGAGGGGGGGGUUUUGUUUGUUUGGAAGUUUUAGUCCAGAGUCCUACAAUUUGCUGCAAAGAAGUGAAUGCUGUGGUGGUUUGUUACUUCCUGGCUGGAAAAUAAAGUGCUUCAAUUAACAGUAUAUAAUAAUCUGGCAGCCCUUUCUUAAGUGAAGGAGGUGCCAAUCACAUUGGUUUUUCCCCUCUCAUUUGGAUUUUUUUUUGUCUGCUAAAUGUUAAAAUAGGGUCAGACUUUCAGCAAACUCCUGACUAUAGAUGAUGAUGAUCUGCUGGCUACACAGUAAUGCAAUACUUGAGCUGCCCUGCACAGAUGUUUCUGGUUUACUUUACUGGAGCCCUUUUAUUAUAGAGUAUGCAUCUUAGUUCAGAUCAGAGGUUCUGUGGACCAUGCCCUAAUGGUGUAAGGAUUAAUUACUGCAGUUUUCCGAUAGUCUGUAAAAUUGGCUUGUCAUCUCAUCAGUAGGACGUAAGAAUGGAAGGCAUUUGCAGAUCAGGACAGCUAAUUGUAAGGGCAAGUUUUUCUGGAUGAAUUAUCUUCGCUAUGUUUACCACCAGAGGCUUAGAGAGUCUAACAUGGAAUGAAAGGGAUAGAAUGUUUCGUUUGGCCUUUCCACUAAAAACUUGUUAUAUCUUAGUUUCCAGGUGGAAUCGGAAAGACAUAUUUACUAGACAUAAUAGAAAGUGAACUUCUAGACGUAAAAUAUGUAUAUACUGAAAUUAACAAAAAAAAUUAUCUGGGUUGGGUUAGGGAGGUGGGGUAGGGGAAUGAGAAUGUCUGCCGCUGGUACGAAGUAGUCACUUUAACAUUGAAACCUCUGCCUCAUUGAAUUCAGGGUUUAAUGUACUUGAAGCUCUGCAGUUCAUUAUUUUUACAGCUAUUUUAUUUAUACAUAGAUAACAUUUUUUAUAUACGACAUUAAAAGUCUCUUUACCUCCCCCCUUAACUUGAGUUAAAAAUGAUUUUCCACUCCCAGUGUAUUCAAGGCAAAAUGGAGAGAGUUUUUCAAAGCAGAUGUCUCAGACUUGUGUGCUCUUAAUGAGAAGUGUAUUAGUGCAUGAGACACCAGCAGCUUUUUGACUUUUUGAUGUCCUUUGCUUUAUAAUAUUGUAUCCACUCCCUCAACCCCUGCCACUUAUUUUUGUAUAGCAAAAGACAUUUGCACUUAUGAUACACUCCUGAAAUUCUGGAUGUAUUCAAGAUGUCAUUCAGAAAAAGAAGAAAAAUGCUUGUUUCCUAUUAUAUUCUACUCCUGAGUGGCAAACUCAGGUACUUUUACCCUAGUGAGGGUGGGAGGAUUAUAAAAUUGAAACUGUCUGUACUUCGUAUAGGACAAUAUAAAAACAAAAAGGGAAAAUAGAUAUGAAUUUGCCAAAGCCAUGCAUUCACUGUUUGUCAUGUGGUACUGAUUGUAUUUGUGCACAAGAGUGAGACAGCUGCCAUUUUUAAUGGUGUCUCUUCUAGCUUGAAAAGCAACUGUGGCUAUAUGUUUGAUCCUCUCCCAAACAUUUGUCCCAUAGUGUAGCACUGGACGUUUUAAGGAAUUCUUGUUCACUUUUGAUUUACAAACAGACUGGAUGAAAUACACUUGCUUCCUGUUCAUUAAUAUUGAUCCAUAUCUCAUUUCUAGUGUCAUAUUUUUUUAAUUUAUAAGCAAACUAAUCAUGUUGCCACUGAAAACCAAGACGAUAAAUAACUAUUACAACUGGCUAGUAAUUGUCUCUUUUGUAUAAGGGUAUGUGCAUAUUUGGGGUUGCUAUUAAAAUUUAACUCAUUUGUAUCUACACAAGUGAUAUUGCACAACAAACACAGAUACCUACAGAUUCUGUUUUCAUUUCCAUGUAAUCUUUAUCUGUAACAAUGACCUUUGUAGAGUCCUUAUUUCUGUAGAUUUUGUUUAUCUGUAACAAACUUUGUAGAUUCUGUGAAAUGUUAUUUUAACUAAAUCACUUGAGUCUUUAAUAGCAAAGCAUCAAUAUUCACUAAAGUCAAUAUCUUAGGAGUUUCUAGAACUUGGCUAGAAGCUCUUGACACUAACAGAGUAGUGUUAAUUUUCCCUGGGGAUGUUCCACUGGGGCAUUACUGUAUUAUGACUUGAUGUUGCAGCAUAGACUUUGAGAUAUACAAUAUUGGGAUGGGGGGUUGUUGUUUGGCCUAUGUUCUCUUGCAUAGUGUGAAACCUGUAAAGCUUGGUUAACCUGUAUAUAGAUAGCUUAUUGUCAGCUAGUUAUAGUGUAUUUAGAAUUGCCUGUAAUAUUUUAGCUUCUUACUGAAUGUUGUGAUGGUAGGAUCAUAUAAUUUUUGUACAUUAUAUUUACUGAGAUGUUGCCUUUUUUAUUUUACAAAUACUUUGGAAUUCAGAUGUGUUUUUGCUUCUGUGAGGAUUAAUUUGGAAAGGGUUUUAAUGACAUUCCACUGAUUUAAAAUUUUGCUUGAGGUUGACUUCAAUAAAUUGUUCUGAAUGUU